AUGGUAUUGGUGUUGAUUAUUUCGAUGAUUAUUGCUUUUGCCAUUCGUGAUUGGAUUCUGGGUGGUGUCAUUGGUGGAGUUGUUGGUCUCAAUGUUUUCGUGGGUUUUAUUCAAGAGUAUAAGGCAGAAAAGACUAUGGGCUCUCUUAAACUGUUGCUGAGUGCUCUGGCGCGAGUUAUGCGCGAUGGUGCGGAGCAAAAUGUUGAUGCAGUGAGUGUGGUUGUUGGUGAUAUCGUCUUUAUCAAAGUUGGUGACACAGUUCCUGCUGAUUUACGUCUUUUUGAUGCUCUCAACCUCGAAACUGAUGAGGCCUUAUUGACUGGUGAAUCGUUGCCUGUUGCUAAGGACCCUACCAUGAUUUACAGUGACUCGCUGGUCCCCGUCCCAGUAGGUGACCGUCUCAAUAUGGCUUACUCGCUGUCGGUGGUUUCCAAAGGUCGAGGUUGGGGUAUAGUUGUCGCCACUGGUUUGAAAACCGAGAUUGGGAAAAUUGCUGACGAAUUAAAGCUGAACGAUGACAGCGUUCUUGUUAAGGCCGGUAAUGGCGUCUCGUGGUUCCAAGCCUUCUAUCGCACUAUAUUCAGGGUUAUUAUGAAUGUCUUAGGUACUAAUGUGGGGACUCCCUUACAACGGAAACUUUCAUGGUUAGCAAUCAUCUUAUUUUGGGUGGCUGUUGUUUUUGCUAUCGUGGUAAUGGCUUCCCAAAAGAUGGAUGUCACCCGGUCUGUUGCCAUUUAUGCAAUUUGUGUUGCCUUGCUGAUGAUUCCAUCAUCAUUGGUUGUGGUAUUGACAAUCACUAUGGCAAUCGGUGCUCAAGUAAUGGUGACGAAGAAUGUCAUCGUUAGAAAGCUUGAUUCUUUAGAAGCUUUGGGUGGUAUUAACGAUAUUUGCAGUGACAAGACCGGGACCUUGACCAUGGGGAAAAUGAUCGCUCGCAAAGUUUGGAUUCCUGGUAAAGGCACUUACGCAGUUGCCAAUCUGACUGAACCCUUCAAUCCCACAGUCGGUGAUGUGUCAUUUUCUCUGUUUUCCCCUCAAGAAAUGGAGAUUGUCGACGAAGAGCCCGAGUACACUUCCAAAUUGCCGGAAACUUCGGAGCAGUUCUCACGCUGGUUGAAAGCUGCUACAUUGGCCAACAUUGCUCUGGUCAUGCAAAAUGCUGAGGGUGAUUGGGAAGCUAACGGCGACGCGACAGAGAUUGCCAUCAAUGUGUUCACGACUCGUCUUGGGUUCUCCCGCGAUCUGAUGAUUGAACAAGAACUGUUGGUCCACAUCAAUGAAUUCCCUUUUGAUUCGUCUAUCAAGCGAAUGACGGCGAUUUAUCAAGGCAAUGAGCUGGCCAUGGUCUACACGAAGGGUGCAGUUGAACGUGUAGUUGAACUUUGUACCCUGAAGCUUAAUGCCAACGGCGUCCCCGAACCGUUGACGGAUGCUGACAAGGAUGCUAUCGAGGAGAACAUGGCAGCUUUAUCCACUGAAGGCUUGCGGGUGUUGGCGUUUUCACUGAGAGAGAUUAACUUAGAUGUGGAGAACCCAAAUGACAGAGCAGAAGUGGAGCUGAAUUUGACAUUCUUGGGUUUAAUCGGUAUAUAUGAUCCGCCAAGACCCGAGACUGCCCCAUCCGUUGCGAAGUGUCAUGGUGCAGGCAUCAACGUGAGAAUGCUCACCGGUGACCAUCCCGGUACCGCUCGCGCCAUCGCCCAAGAAGUUGGUAUUUUGCCUCAGCGAUUGUAUCAAUUUUCAGAUGAUGUGGUGGCGGCCAUGGUUAUGACGGCUACUGAGUUUGAUGCCAUGAGUGAUGAUCAAAUUGAUUCUCUUCCAGUUUUACCACUUGUUAUUGCUCGUUGCGCCCCUCAAACUAAGGUACGGAUGAUUGAUGCUCUUCACAGACGAAAGAAGUUUGUUGCUAUGACUGGUGAUGGUGUGAAUGAUUCUCCCUCUUUGAAGAAGGCCGACGUUGGUAUUGCCAUGGGUAUGAAUGGUUCCGAUGUUGCUAAAGACGCUUCUGAUAUUAUUUUGACGGACGACAACUUCGCCCUGAUCCUCAACGCUAUCGAAGAAGGCCGUCGAAUGAGUCUGAACAUUCAGAAAUUCGUGUUGCAAUUGCUUGCUGAAAAUGUUGCACAAGCCAUUUAUUUGAUGGUUGGUUUAUCAUUUUUCGACACUGAUAAUUUCUCUGUUUUCCCUUUGUCGCCUGUUGAAUGUUUAUGGAUCAUUGUUGUUACUCUGUGUUUCCCUGCCAUGGGAUUAGGUCAAGAAAAGGCCAACGACGACAUUUUGGAUCAACCUCCGAAUAAGCUGAUCUUCACUCGAGAAGUGAUUAUCGACAUGUUUGCCUAUGGAUUUUGGAUGGCAUGUUGCUGCCUUACCAUCUUUGCGCUUGUCGUUUUUGCCAAAGGCAACGGCUACUUGGGUCACAAUUGUAACACUGACAAGGGUACAGGGUGCAGUUUGGUUUUCGAGGGUCGGCUGGCAGCUUUUGCUGCAUUUACAUGGUGUGCUUUGUUGUUAGCUUGGGAAUGUAUUCACUUGCGCAACUCGUUCUUUAAUAUGAGACCAGGUCUGGGUGUCCCCUGGUAUAAGCUGUUAGCUCAUGAUCUUUGGGAUAACCAGUUCUUAUUCUGGUCUGUUGUUUUCGGCUUUGCUACUGUCUUUCCCGUUGUUUACAUACCUGUUAUCAAUAAGAUUGUGUUUUUGCAUGGUCCUCUUGGUUAUGAAUGGGGUUUGUCUGUGGCUUUCACAGUUUUGUUUUUGGCUGGUUGUGAAGUGUGGAAAUGCAUCAAGCGCGUGUACUUUCGCGAACUGUCCAAACACCAAGAUGCGGUGUCAACCAGUGAUCCUUUCCUGCAGUAUGCUACUUUUUCGAAACUGCUGACGUUGAUUGUUUGA